UUAAAAAAAAAAAGAAAAAUGAUAACACUUCUCCACUAACUCACGAAAAACCUCACUGGAACCAAACCCUCACAGAACAAUCCCCUUCUCCGAUUUCUCUCUCUUGUCGUUCCUCCUCCGCAAGGCGCCACGCCUCAGCCUCCUGAAACUUCAUCUACCACGAUCAUCGGCGUCAACUGCCAGAGCUCGCGAACUGGGCCUCCGACGGCAAGAGCCGCCGCUCGCCCUCGCCAACUACCGUUGGAACCUCACUAGUGCGGUACCUGAGCCCUAAGCUGCCAGUCGCCACCUUAAUAGGUCUCAAAUUCAGUUCUUUGAAAUCAAGUUCGUGCAUGAAGCACGAAUCUUCAACUAGAAAUUUGAGAAGCUCAAACCCGCUGCCGAGGAGGUGAGCUCGUGGUGGCGUUAAUGCUUCCCCUGUGAAGGUCAAAGACGGUGUUGUGAUUCUCCUGCAGAUUCCAUAUAUUUAAUGAUCGCAAUUGUGUUUAAUGGAGGUUGCUGUCCUUUUUUGCUUUGACCACGUUCAGAGUUAUUGUGUUCCUUCCCACCCUUCAGAUUCGAAAACUGUGUUUAACUGAAACUUUGAAUUGUAUAAGUUUCUUGUGUUUAUGUUAACAUAAUGGCUAACAAUGCCAACUCCUCCUCCAAAACCCAACCCCCUUAUGCUCCUAAUCCUAACCAUCAAAAUUUCUUACAAAACAAUGGUGUGGGCAUGACACCCCAGCCCCAAUUUUGUUCUGGCAACCACCAAAGCCAAAGCCUGUCACCCCCUUUUAUGCAGCGACUACCUAUGAAUGUGGCACCUUUCAUGAAUGCUGCAAAUCAUAAUUAUUUUCCCUUGCAAAACGAUCAGAUGCAUCUGUGUCAAAUGGGUAUGCCUGGUCAUCAACAGGGUCAACCCCUUGUGGGGGUUUUAGGUCCCCAAAAUAACGUUGGCAAUCCCAAUUACAGCAAUCCAAUGUAUCCUGUUCAGGGACAAGUCAUACUGAAUGCAGCUCAAAUCAAUUUGUCUCAUUUACAGGGACAAAUGUUGGCACAGAGUAUUUUGAAUAUACUUCAGCCGUCUAAUGUGAAUAUGAGUAUGCCAAAUGGCCAAUUUCGUGCCCCUUAUCCUAUGCAGAAUAUGAAUCAACAGUUACCUACACAAAUGUCAAGUCCUUCUCAAGUGGUUCCGCAUGGCAUGCAUCCUGGUUCCUUCCCCAUGUUUGGGUUUCCAAACCAACUGCCUCAGGCUAUGGUCCCUCAGAGUUCAUUACUUUCUCCAAGUCCACAGUUAGGUUUUGAGCCUGGAAGGCAUGUCCGGCUGCAUAUUGACCCGAACGAGAAAAACCUUGCUCCACCAAACGUGAAUGCAAAUGCUUUUGUAUCACAGUCGCCUUUUUCAUCUCAUCAAUUACAAGGGAAUACUUCUGGGUCACUUAAUUCUGAUUUGGCUCAUACAAGUAACUCUCAACCUCCUGCACUUUUAAAGUCGCACUCACAGGUGAAUCCUUAUGGAAAUAUUAAAACUAAUGUUCCAAAUACCAACUGGAAUGGAUCACCCAGCAAAAACUUCAAAAAUAGACCAACACGAGGGGGGUUUAAAGGAGGAUUCCAGAAGUCUAAAUUUAAUGAUGUGAAUAAUGGAAAGCGCAGAACUGGGUUUCUUAAAGAUCAUAAUGGAAGAGGCCCUUACAGUGGGAGGGCAGCACAGGAUAGUGUAAGAUCAAAGGAACUUAAGCAGCAACUAGAAAGAUCUUUCUCUGUGACUUACACUGAGCAAGAAAUCAAACAAUGGCGUGAAGCACGGAAAAAGAAUCAUCCUUGUAACAACUUUCAGAAGAGGCACUGUGAAUGGCCGAUGGACUCCAAGGUCAUUAAAAGGGAGGUCUUACAAAGAGAGCUUAAGGAGGUUUUAGCAAAGCAAGCUGAAUUGGGAAUCGAAGUUGCUGAAAUACCAUCACACUACCUUAAGAAUUCUGAUAAUCAAGGUCUUCAGAAUGAAGGGAAAAACAAAUUUAGUGACAAAAGAAAGUUCCAAAACAAGUUCAACAAGAAAUUAGACAGAAAAGGUCGGUUCGGCAAGAAGCAAAAGUUUGCUGACUUUUCAGAAAGCCCUUCAUUAAAAAUGAGGAAGCCAACUUUAUUGCAGAAACUCUUGAGUGCAGAUAUAAGCAAGGAUAAGAGCCACCUGUUUCAGGUUUUCAGGUUCAUGGUAAUAAAUUCUUUCUUCAAACAUUGUCCUGAUAAGCCACUUAGAUAUCCAUCAGUCAUGGUUAAAGAGAACUGGUCUGAAGUUGACACUAAAAAAGAUAUUCCUAAACGCGGGAACGAGGGAGCUGUCAAAAAAAUUGCUAGCCUAAAUAAUGAUGAUCAUAGUAGUGAAGACGAAGACAGUGAUGUGGAUGAGAAUGACUCUAUUGUACAUAAUAAUCCACACAAAGAACUUUUUUCCUUGGUUAAAGAAGGAUUUGAGAAAUCUGAUGAAGAGGGAGAAAUUUUAGAAUGAAAUUCGAAUAUUGGUGCUCCACUUUUUGCAGCAAAGUUUUGAAUACUGUAGUGGUAACAUUUUUUGUUUAGUCAUUUGUUUCCCUUAUGGUUUUACCAUCAUGCGUAAUGUUACAGUAAAUAUAUUUUUGCAGCAAAGGUUUCUUAAUACUAAUAUUACACACUAUAUUUGCGCAAA